UUUUUCAAAUUAUUCAAUUUGCUAUCAGGUAAGUUUUAUGCAGCACUGGCUGCAAAUUGGUUAAUUUAUUAAUUAUUAAUAAUAGUCUCCCAUAGAUUGUCUGCUAUGCCUACCACAUACAAUCCAAACUAUGAAAAUUCAUUUCCAUGGUGUUCUCCUGACCCGAAGGACGUAUAUGCAGCGGUUUGCAAAUGGUGUAACAAAAAAAUAAAAAUCAACACUAUGGGUAGAGUGGCUUUGGUUAGUCAUGAAAAAAGCAAAGCACAUCAUCAUCAAGUGUUGGUUCGAAAAACUAACCUUCCAAUCAGCCAUUUUUUACCAAAUCAAAUCGUUGGUAAUAACCUGUUGUCGUCAUCUCCGUCACUUUCUUCAAUUUCCACUGCAAUGGCUACCCAAAUCUCAGCUUCAGAUUCUUCCACGAACACUGAUAAUCAACACUCUAAGGCUUCCAACGUCUUGAAUAGAUUCAUGCUAAACGAGCAAGUUACAAGUGCUGAAAUUGUGUGGGCUCUGGAAACUAUUGCCACUCAUAACUCCUAUCGCAGUGCUGGGGCUAACACUAAUUUGUUCAAAACUAUGUUUCCGGACAGCCAAAUUGCCGCCAAGCUCGAGAUGGGACGCACAAAACUUGCGUAUCUAAUAACUUUUGGUCUGGCACCUUAUUUCACAAACGAAAUAUUUAAGCAACUUGAUGUAUGUUCCGAAAUAGUAAUUGGUUUCGAUGAAACAUUGAACAAAGUUUCACAACGCCAACAGAUGGAUGUUAGUGUGAGAUUUUGGAAUGAAAAUAAGGAACAGGUAGAAUGUCGAUACAUUGGAUCAGCGUUUUUAGAUUCUUCUCGUGCAGUUGAUCUCCUUAACGGAUUGAAACAGUGCACAGAAAGAAAGCUUGCUCUACUGAAUAACGUGAUUCAGCUAAGCAUGGACGGACCGAAUGUAAAUUGGCGUUUAAUGAAGGACUUAUGCGAAGAACUUCGAAAUCUGCGUGGGGUACCAUCUUUUGAUUUAUUAAACAUAGGUAGUUGCGGCUUACAUGCUAUUCAUAAUGCUUUUAAAAAUGGUAUGAAGCACACUGAAUGGAACAUUGACGAGUUUUUGACAUCCCUCUAUUAUUUGUUCAAAGACUUUCCGUUGCGCCGUGCAGAUUAUAAAGAAACUACCGGAUCAAAUUUAUUCCCACUGAAAUUUUGUCCUAUUCGAUGGAUUGAAAAUUUGAAUGUGGCUGAGCGUGCAUCUAAAAUGAUUCCUUAUUUGAAAGUCUAUGUGGCUGCGGUCAAAAACCAACGUGACAAAAAACUCAAGGAAGGUCACCAUUCUUUCAAAAGGAGUUUUGCUGCAGUUGCUCAGUCUAGGCCAUUCGCUGUAAUAGAAAAGACCAUUUCUGAUGAAAUGUUGAGCCCAAAACUUGCCUUUUUUAUUUCCUCAGCUGGAUGUGUGGAACCCUUUUUGCGAGAAUUUCAAUGUGAUGCUCCUAUGGCGCCAUUUUUGUUUGAUGAGUUAACUUCAAUUACCCAUUCUAUAAUGAGUAAGGUUUUAAAAUCGGAAUGCUUAAAUGUAAAAGCUAAAGCGAUUACCAAUAUUGAGCUCAAAGAUAACAACACACUACCGACAUCGCAAGUUGAUAUAGGCUUUGGAGUCAAAGCGGCAAUUAAAACAAUAAUGACAAGUGGAAAAAUAUCUGAAAAGGUGAUCCUUCAGUUUAAGAACGAUUGUAAAGCUUAUUAUAUUGCAUUUUUAACAAAAAUUUGUGACCGUUCUCCACUGUCACACAGUUUUACACGAUAUAUCUCAUGUAUCAAUCCAGAGACCAUCACAAAAUCGCUUGAUAUUGCCUUGAAAAGGUUGGAGUACUGCCUAGAUUACAUGGUCCAAAGAGACCAUUUAGGGGGUAAUGUAGCGGACAAAGUUCGUCAGGAAUUCACAAAUGCGGUAGAAAUUUCUAGCAUAAAGUCAUCUCUAGCUGCCUACAAGCGACAUGAAUGUCGACUAGAUAAUUUUUGGUUUAAAGUUCUUGCGGAUUCGAGAAAAGAAUUCUCAAACUUAAGAUUUUUUUUAAAAAAAAUUUUAAUUCUAUCACAUGGCAAUGCAACACUGGAGCGAGGAUUUUCUAUAAACAAAGAGUGUCUGAUAGUUAAUUUAAUCGACGAAAGCUUAGUGGCGCAGCGAAUAGUAUACGACGCUAUUUUGAACGCCGGUGGUGUUUUAGGGGUAGACAUAAAUAAAUCACUCAUCCAGUACGCCCGAAACGCGCAUGGACGAUACGUCGAGAGCCUGGAGCAAAAGAAAAAGGAAAGGGCACAAAAGGACGAUGCCAGUGCUAGAAAAAAGACAACGAAUCAAGCACUUAAGGAAUUAGAAUUAGUUAAAGCCAAAAUUCUCGCAGAUGCUCAGAAAAUAGUAGCCUUGAUCGAAGAGAAAAUGAGUAAUUUGAAUAAAUAAGCUGUUUCAGCAAUCUUAUAAAAAACGUUUAUAAUGCUUAAUAGUUUUAUUUUUAAAUAAUAGUUUAAGGUUAUUUUAUUUAAUUCUUGUUACA